CUGAACGCGACGUCGGAGGUAGUCCAGCGUGGUCGCCGCUUUUCCAAUUGCAGCGCAUUCUUGUCACCAUCAGGAACACUCAAAUCCGGCUUAGGACACUUUUAUCCGUAGGUUGGAAGCUUCUUAUUGUGCACUUAUUCGCUUGUACAAGCCAAUACCAGCAACAAGUCCGAGUCAAAAAGGAGGUUCUCGAGCCACAAGUCGAUUUGAGUUUUCCUGAUGACUGAAUGUUAGGCGAGGGCUAAGAACUGGGGUCCAAGGAACGACUGUCUUCCUCAGGUCGCGGAGGCCAAACCGGAAACAUUCAAAAGGCGGGGUCCAUCCAUGCCUGCCUGCCAAUUCUCAGGCUACCUCAGUGUUCUUGUAGGGUGGAGCUGAUCGUCAUCGCGAUGAACGAUACGUUGCCGAUUGUCUGCGCCUUGCUUGCUGCAUUAGCUGGCUUGGCUCUCGUCCGAUGGAGGUUCGACCCACUUUAUUCCAUUCCAACAGUCGGCCCAUCUGCACCUUUUCUCUCAUACCUGGGAGCAUACAGAUACUACCGACAUGCCCCCGAGGUUCUACAAGAAGGUUACAGCAGGUACAAGGUGUUUAAGGUCGCCAUGGUUGAUCGUUGGCUCGUCGUCGUCAGUGGUUCGGACAUGAACGAGGAGUUGUGCAAAGUCCCAGAUUCACACAUGAAUUUCGAGGAAGCGCUCCGUGAGUUCAUCCAAACUAAGUAUACCAUCGCACCGGAUGCGGAAAAGUAUCCAAUAUACAUGGCCGCCAUUCGUGGUCCGCUAACCCGCAAUCUGGGAGUUGUGUUUGCGGACCUCGCGGAUGAAGUUCAGACCGCAUUCAAAGAGGUGCUACCUGUCCAAGGGGAUGAAUGGGUCGCUGUUCCCGUCAUUCGUUCCAUGGCCAAAAUCGUGGCUCAUGCGACAAAUCGCGUGUUUGUUGGUCUUCCGUUUUGCAGGAACGAGGAAUACCUCAACACCGUAGUCAACUUCACAUUCGAUGUCGUCAAAGGACGAAUUAUUCUCUCCUAUGUCCCUCAGCUGUUCAAAGGCAUCGUAGGCAGUAUGCUUCCGUGGUCCAAAAUAGCGAUUCGCAAAGUAGGAAUCUUCAUAAAGCCGAUCGUGGAGGAACGCCUGCGCAAUUUGCGAGAGUAUGGAGACGGAUGGGCCGACAAACCUAACGACUAUCUCAUGUGGUUGAUGGACGAAGCAAAGAAAACGGGCGGGUCGCCCGAUGUCGUCGUCUCGGCGGUGCUGGCCUCCAACUUCGCGGCUGUCCACACCUCCAGCAAUAGCAUUACCCACGCCAUUUACCACUUAGCUGCGAACCCAGAAUAUAUGCAGCCGAUGAGAGAGGAAAUUGAGGCAGUCAUCAAGGAACAGGGAUGGACGAAAGUCGCCGUCGGCAAGAUGUGGAAACUAGACAGCUUCAUGCGGGAGUCACAGCGGAUCAACGGUAUAGUCUCCAUCGCCGUGAUGCGUAAAGUCCUCCAAGACUACACCCUCUCUGAUGGGACCUAUCUUCCCGCGGGCACUCUCGUCGCCGGGGCAGCUCUCGCUACCCACUAUGAUGAGAAGCACUAUAAACGCGCAGACGUAUUCGAGCCAUUCCGAUUCUCCGAUAUGCGCGCGGAGGAGAGUGAGCGGACAAAGCAUCAGUUUGCCAGCACCUCCCCUACAUACAUUCCCUUCGGCCAUGGGAAGCAUGCCUGCCCGGGACGGUUUUUUGCAGCAAACAAGCUGAAGCUUAUGAUGGCACACAUCAUUCUCAACUAUGAUGUGAAGUUGGAAGGAACGACGACACGGCCAGCUAACUGGACGUGUUGGCAUGACAACUUGCCCGCGUGCGAUGCGAAGGUGUUGUUCAGGAAGCGACAAGCCGUCAUUGCAGCUGAAUCACAGAGAUGAGCGGAAGGAGCUGCGAAUACUAUCAUUUCAGGUGCUGUCAAUCAGACCGCGUUUGUGUAGAUCUUGAUAGUUGAAAGUGGUGACGCAAUUGAAGAAGCUGGAUAUCAGCUUAAUGAAAUGAUAUGGAGGGGAUGUAGCUUAGCAGGAAGUUCCAGGAAGCUGAAGGGAACGUGUAUCUAGGCUUGUGAGCAUUGGGAGGGUCGUCGCAAUGGCAUAUCGUUGUCGUCGAG